AUGUCGACUAUUAUGCAGAAGAUCAAAGAAAUCGAAGAUGAGUUGUCGUGGGCUCAGAAAGGAGAAGUGUUUCAGACUCCCAAAUCCAAAAGCUUCGAGAUUCAGGUUAGACAACAAGGUGUGUUCUUUUUCCUUUAUCCUAGUUUCACUGUUGCAAUCGAUCUUAGAUCUCUCAUUAUUCUUCUUGUUUCAUUUUGUUGUGCAGCUUACACAUUGGAUGAAGUGAAUGAAAAGACUAAGGCCUUCCGUGAAUCUGCUAUGAAGCCACCACCACCUGCUCCUCUUGAUUCUUCCUCAGCCAUUGAUAAAUAUCAGGCAAUGUUGUACUCUGCUGCCAUCAAAGUGAUGGCUACUGUGGAGAAGCCUAUUGAUUCAAGCCAUGGUGAUUCUGCCACUUCUUCAAAUCAGGUACAUAUAAACACAUACAAACAUAUGUAUGCAAAGUACGAAUCUUUGAAUGAAUUAGACAUGUCUAUAAACAUACAAACAUAUGUUGGUUUAGGUCACACUGGAAUCGAUAGAGAGAUCUUGGAAUCCUUUCAUGGUUAUACUUCCUCUGUUGGUGUUGUGAACAUAUGUAAAUAUCACAGAGGAUGAAACAUUUGUUAUAAAGUCCCACCAAUAAUCUGUAUUUUUGUUAAUGUCUCUUAACAUUGUCCUUACCUUAAAAAUAAUAAUAAAAUAAUUUAAGGACUCUAACAUUUGUCCUACCAAUAAUGUUGCU